CAGCGUGUUGUGGGAAUGUUGGAAAACCGUGUGAGGUCUCCCGGCAUUUAUUUUGAUAUUACGAAAUCGCGUGUUUUAGACAAUUUUCAAUAAUUUAGCAAAAUGAUCCAGCAACAGCGCCAGCGCAUCGAAUCCGCAGUGACGGAGAUGAUUGACGACAUGGACAAGACUCAUCUCCGCAAAAUGCAGAACGAGAUGCACUUGUGCGCGGCCAAGUGCUGCCAGGAUGGAACCUCUAGCGUGGACAGCGUCCAGCGGUGCGUGGAUCGCUGCUCCGCGCCCAUGACACGGGCCCAAAACUAUGUGCAGCACGAACUGGGGGAAUUCCAAGGCAGACUGCAGCGUUGCGUCAUGCAAUGCAACGACGAUGUAAAAGUAAAAAUGCCGCCCAACCCCAACGAGGACCAAAUAGCCAAAUACACCGACCAGUUCGAACGUUGUGCCAUCCAGUGCGUCGACAAGCACGUGGGUCUUAUCCCCAGCAUGAUGAAGACAAUGAAACAAGUACUCUCAAAGGGACCCGACGGAAUUCCUCAAGUCUAAGCCAAUUGAAUUGACCAUCCUUUAAUUGUUGAUCCUAUUUUUAAUUUUCGUGCAAAAGUGCUUGGAAUCUUCCAAAUCAUGUUACAUUUUCCUAUCACAUUUAAGAGUAAAAAAAUAUACACACAUUGUACACCGAAA